UUUUCCCCAGAAAGGGGAGAAGAAAUGGAUGUAAUGGGAUCAAUAUUGAGAUGCCCACCAAGCGGAAAGGUGAGGGCUAGGAUCCUGCUGCUGGUGGACAGUCUCUUGGUCUUCACUGAAUUCUCAUGGCACUUCAGGUCUCCUGUCAGGAAAGAGAGAAGUUAGAAGUGAGGUGGUUCCUCUCUGCGGAUGAGGAAACACACCAAGUUCUGUGACCAUAUCGUGACUGGAACAGAACAGCUUUUCUGACUCAUGACCCAGUCUCGAGCCAAACCAGUCCAGAAGGUGCUAGCCUUCCUACCCUGUUAAAAAAACAGUGCUUUCCCCCAGGCCGCUGUCUGCAGGGACCUGGAUGGGAGGGCGUGCUGGGAGCCCCGACUCCCCACUUGCCCCUGGGGCCGUUUGUGUCCUGGGCAGGGACCUCCUCACUUGCGAGAUCUCUGGGGGCCGGGCCUGUGGAAGGUACUGGCAGUGAUGGAGCACAGUCAGUGCGCCCCUGUGGGGCCUGGCCUGCCACUGCCUGCUUCUCCACGAAGCAGGAGGAUUCUGCUCACGUCAAAACGCUGACACAGUCAGAGCUGGACUUCAGCAACCCCUUGCCUGCUGCUGAGCCUGUUCCUGCCUCAGUUUAUUUUAAAAAGAAAAAACUUGCUUGCACACCUCCUGUGGCCUAGGCACUGCUCAGCACAAAAAACCUGCCACCUACUCACUUUCCUGUAGGCCUUGGCACGUGCUGUCUGCUCGUCUGGAAACCUCUUUCCAUUUGUCCAACUCCGACUUCUCCUUCAGGUCCCAGGGGGCCUUUUCUGCCCCCCCGUAGGCUAGGUUUGGGACCCCUGACAGAUGCUCUGGUUGUCUGAAAGCGACAAGAGGGCAGGGACCCCUCACCACUGUGACAACGGCGAACACCGGGAUCCUUAAAUGUGCUGUGACUGGGCGGGUGCCACAGGUCAUCCCCAGGUGACUACAGCAGAAGCUUUCUUACCUGCUCUUCAUGUAACUGGAUCUUGCAAAUAACAGCCACUCCACGCCCUCGAACCCACAGACCCAUGUGUGUAGCACGCCGCUUUAAAAUACAGGUCUUAGGAUUUAGAUGAGGCAACAGAUCAGGAGAUGACUGCCAUUGAAAAGACAAUCACAGAUCUCAAGAGGGGCUGUCACAGCGGAAAGCACCAGGGUCCAGCCGGAGGCAGGGGGACGAGGGAAGAGCACGGGCGACAGGCUUUGCUGUGGUUUUCACAGGAAGGAUCGGGCCAGUCAGGGUCAGCAGGCUCAAGGCUCACUCGGUUGGGUAGUUUUCAGCGGGCUCUGAAGCCUAGGGAAUGUCCCUAGUUGUUUGGUGUGAUGAAAAAACAGCUGUUUUGAGUUGCUGCCCAGGAUUUGACAGUCUAAUAGCCCUAGCCAGAGCCUGGACAUUUAGAUAAGGACCUGAGUUUAGGAUUUCCACCCCAGGGAAUCCCCCUUUGCUUUUCCCGGGGCACCUUUUAAAAUAACCAUUUUGAAUUGAGCCUGCAACCUCGGCCCCAAGCACCUUCUAAGUACUAGAUACCUGCUACCCUGCUCUCUCUCCCCUGCUCACUGGAGACCGGGACGUUGGCGGGCUGCCCUGCCCCCAGCUCAUUGGCCCCACCGGCUCUGCUUUCUGGGAUCCGUAAGUAAUAAAUUCUGUGACUUUACUUUCUUUGUGUGAGGGUAUUGAAACUGCUUUCAAUCAAAACGACCCUGGGGUUUGACCUCCCCAGAGUGGGCGUUGAGAUACUCUCGGAGCCACCUACUGACCCCGUGUGGGUGGCCUGUGCCUCCUCAUUCAGCAGGUCAUAAUCUGCAUAUUCUUAAUUUAAUACACCAGCUAUGCCUCCCCCAACACAUCCGGUUCCUGGCCCCGGACCCUGGGGGGGUGAUCAGAGCAGGGAACAGUGGUCCUGAGGGCGAGAGCCCAAUGGAGGAGGUGGAGGGGUAUGGACUCUGCAUUGUUCUGUUUGCACAGGAAAAGUGUGCUCACAGGCAAAUGGGAAUUAUUUCCUUUCUCUAGGUGCUGGCCAGCCCUGGGAGGAACAGUCUCUCCAGGAUCAGCAAGGUCCUAAGUAUCAAAGCGUCAAAACCAGAAAUAAAAUGACAUGAUUAAUACAUUGGCCACUUGGGGCUUGUGCACCUGGGUGGCUCAGCUCCACCCACAGAGGCGAUGCUCCCCCAAGCCCUCUCUGUUCUGUUUAUUCUCCAGCCAAUGUGUGCCACCAACACUGGUUGCUAUGAUGACAGAACUUCACUGAAUAAUACGUAAACCAUUGAAAUAGAAGUGCCAAAGAAAGGUGUUGAUAAAGUACAUGCUUGUGUUGCUUUGUCCAGCACUCCGUUGAUCUGAACCAGGAAUUCCAUUUUUACAUUCCUUUCAACUGAUACAAUUGCAAUGUGCUGCAGUGAUUCCCAAGGUAAUAGAAUAACUGUCUCUCUCGCUAGCUCUAUUUUUUUCUCUCUUUUUCCCCCCUUUGAUAACAGAAAGCUUCUUUUUUUUCCCUCCAGAAAAGAAGCAACAUCACCCUGUCAAUGUUAAAUUUUGGCAGAAAUGGAGCCACUAAAAUGGAAGGAGGGAAAAAAAAUUUUGGCAACAGCCAAGAAUGAGAAAUUGCAUAGCAUUUACUUAGUUGUAUGUAUUUCAAGAAUAUAGGGUACGCUGUAUUAUUGGCAAUGAUUGCCUCUGUUGGCAACACUUAUUUCUAAAUUCUCUUUUCAGUGCAUGUAGCAGACUGAUUGCACUGCUGGCCCCAGUUCUUUCCCUCUCCUUUUGCCCUGUCACUGUGCAGUUCCCUUCACUAAAGAGAUGGAGUCUAUUAAGCCAUCUCUUGCAUUUGGACUUGGCCCUGUGACUUGCUUUGAUCUGUAGGAUGUUAACAGUCAUCAUUGCUCCCACAGAAAACUGCAAAAAGCUUGUAACUGGCCUUCCUGCUUCUAGCCUUACCUCCCUUCCUCAUCUUGGUACUUCAGUUUAAAGGGAAAAUAAGACCAGGCCAUUCUCCUACUUGAAAAAAACCAAACUCUCUGAAUAGCUUCCCUUUUCUACAAGGUUAAAGCCAAGCUCUUAGGCCCAGCAUGCAUGGCCAGCUAAGGUCUCCCCUAGCCGACCUGCUGAGACCCUUCUCCCUUCACACCAGCCUCAAGCUUUACUCCAACGCACGGGCUCAGCUGCUGUGCCAUUAUCCAUGCUGGGCUAUUUCUCCCCACCGUACCUUGGCCCCCCUUUCUCCCUGGUUGUCUCCUUUGGCCUGGUGAUCCUGGGCUUCCCUCCCGCCCACUAACUCCCCCACACCCUUUAGGGGCUGCACUGAUGGUUGUGCUUGCAAAAUUAUGUUGUGAUUAUCUGAUUAAGUGGAGGUUUCCUGAGAGCAAAGACUGAGUUGUUAAUAUCUAUGUACAUGUAGCACCUACCACGGCAUGUUGGAUGGGUGGAUGGAUGGAGCAGGGAUCUGCCGUAACUGUGGCCUGAAGCAGACCGGGUUGUUACUGACCUGUGUAAAUAGAGGCUUAUCCUCGGGAACUAACGUCUUCAGUGAGCUCAUCCCUUGUACGGUCUUGUCUUGGAGGAAGGAUUAAGUUGGCCUGGGUUGAGUGUCAGCUGUUACAGUGGUCACUCCCCUCCAUCCUUGGUGCCCAGGCCCACACUGGGCAGAUGAAGAUUCACUUAGCUGUCUCUGAUACUCAUGGAGCACUGCCUAUGUACUAGAUAACGUUCUAAGUGCUUUAAGCGAAUUCGUUCAUUCAGUUCUCAGAGCAAUCUUUUUUUGUUUCUUUUCCAAUUCUCAUAGCAAUCUUGCAGGGUAUAUACUAUUAGUAUUUCCAUUUUGGAGUUGAGGGUUAGAAAAGAUGAAUGAACUUUUCUAAGAUCAGCUAUUAAGAAUAGAAUCUGUGUGCCAGGCAGCCUGACUCUAAGCGUGACCUCAUCACCUCAUGUCUCCCCAAGUUCGUGUUUUCAGGGGCGCUUCUCUUGUUUCUUAGUUCUUUCCUCUCCCAAGGUGGGAGGCAAAGUAAGAGAUAAGAAGAUACCACUGCUGCUUGUUUUUAAUUUAUUCUGUUUACUUAAAUUCCUCCAUUAUUACCUAAUGGUAUAUAUUUAGCCAGGAGGAAGCCCAUCUUCUCUGAGCUUCCUCUUUAGUUUACCUACCCCUGAAGAUAACUCACUUUUCCCACCCAAAUUUGAAUGAUUAGCAAAGAACCACCUAAAGCAACCAGCGUUGCUUUUUGCAAGCCAUCUCUGUUUCUCAGUGGGCUGAAAACCACACUAUUGCUUCCUCUUUGUACUGAGAACACAGCCAUUUGUCACUCAGCGUCUGAGCACCGUCAGUGACACCGCCGGGAAAGGUCUAUACUGGUCCAAAUGGCACUCAUCCUGCAUGUGGCAUCUUUUUUUCUCAUUCUGACUAAGCUCACCAUUGGCCAGAGAGAAGUAACAGUUCAGAAAGGACCGCUGUUCAGAGCUGAAGGUUACCCUGUCAGCAUCGGCUGCAACGUAACUGGCUACCAGGGACCUUCUGAGCAGCAUUUCCAGUGGUCUGUUUACCUGCCGACAGCCCCGGCCCAAGAAAUCCAGAUCAUUAGCACCCUGGAUGCCACCUUUUCUUACGCUGUGUAUGCACAGAGGGUGCGGAGCAGGGAAAUCUACGUGGAGAGGGUCCGGGGUAACUCGAUCUUUCUGCACAUCUCAAAGCUCCAGAUGAAGGAUUCCGGCGAGUAUGAGUGUCACACGCCCAACACUGAUGAAAGAUACUAUGGCAGUUACAGUGCGAAGACUAAUCUCAUUGUUAUUCCAGAUACCCUCUCUGUUGCCAUGACUCCCCAGACUCUCAGUAAGGAGGAAGGUGAGCCAUUAGAACUUACCUGCGAGGCAUCCAAAGCCACAGCUCAGCAUACCCACCUCUCCGUCACCUGGUACCUGAUGCAGGAUGGAGAAAGAAGCCAAGCCAGCAAGAUUAUUUCCCUCUCCAAAGAUUUUAUGUUGAUCCCUGGACUCUCAUACACAGAGAGGUUUGCAGCCGGGGACGUGCGGCUCGACAAGCUUGGGGUCGCCACCUUCAGGCUGUCAAUAGGGAGGCUCCGGCCCGCCGAUCAAGGCCAGCUGUUCUGUGAGGCAACUGAAUGGAUUCAGGAUCCAGACGAAACCUGGACUUUCAUCACAAAAAAGCAGACAGAUCAAACAACUCUGAGGAUCCAGCCGGCAGUGAGAGAUUUUCAAGUCAACAUUACGGCUGAGAGCACGGUUCCUGAAGGGAAACCCUUGGAACUGAUUUGCCUGGUCGUGGGCGGCGGCCAGAACCCGCAGCUUCAGGGCACUUGGUUCUUCAAUAAUAUUGAAACAGCCCGCAUUGAUGCCGGUGGAGUUCUGGGCCUGAAGAAAGACUACCAAGAAAGAGCAAAUCAGGGGCAGCUCCAGGUUUCAAAGUUAAGCCCCAAGGCUUUCUCUCUCAAGAUCUUCUCUGUGGGCCCAGAGGACGAAGGUGCCUACAGAUGUGCAGUGGCAGAGGUGACAAGAGCUCAGAUGGGCCCCUGGCAGGUGCUUCAGAGCAAGCAGUCACCGGACAGCCUCGUGCACCUGAGGAAGCCAGCAGCAAGAAACGUGGUUUUGUCUACCAAGAACAAGCAGCAAGCGGUGUGGGAGGGAGAGACGUUAACCCUUUUCUGCAAGGCAGAUGGAGCUGAAAGUCCCUUGUCCGUGACCUGGUGGCACGUCCCACAAGACCAGACACAGCCAGAGUUUGUGGCUGGCAUGGGGCAGGAUGGCACCGUGAAGCUGGGUGCCUCCUACGGCGAGCUCAAUAACCCCAGCAACACAAGGCUGGAGAAAAUGGACUGGGCCAGCUUCCAGCUGAAGAUCACCUCCACCACCAUCACAGACAGCGGCACGUAUGAGUGCAGGAUGUCUGAGAGGACCCGGAACCAGGGCAGAGAUCUGAACUGGACUCAGAAGAUAUCAGUCACUGUGAAACCUCUGAAGUCAAGUCUGCAAGUUAAUCUGCUGAGCCGUCAACCUCAAGUGAAAUUAACCAACACCUUCGACCUGUCCUGCGUCGUGAGGGCUGACUACCCAGACCUCAAGGUUCCACUCACUGUGAUGUGGCAGUUCCAGCCAGCUGGGUCUCGAGACUUUGAUCUGCUUGUUCGAAUUGCCCAUAAUGGCACAAUCGAAUGGGGGGACUUCCUACCCCAGUUCCAAAAGAAGACGAAGGUUUCACAGUCUUCAUUUCUUUCUCAACUCCUAAUCCAUGAUGCCACCGAGGAAGAAGCAGGGGUUUAUCAGUGUAAAGUAGAAGUUUAUGGUGGACAUUGUCUUCACAGAAACGGCCCCUCACGGGCUUCUGCCAUCUCACACCCCCUGAGGAUAGCCGUCACUCUACCAGAGAGCAAGCUGGAAGUGAAUUCAAGCAGUCAAGUCCAAGAGAUCUCCAUCAACUCUAACACUGACAUAGAAUGUAGCAUCUUGUCCCAGUCCACUGGCAACCUCCAGUUAACCAUUAUUUGGUACUUCCAUCCUAUUUCCACUGAUGCAUCCUGGCUGAAGAUCCUGGAAAUGGACCGAACCAAUGUUGUCAAAUAUGGGGACGAAUUUCAGAGCCCACGGAGAAAACAAAAAUUCCAUGCCGAGAGAGUUUCCCAAGGCUUGUUUCAGCUGCACCUUCUGAACGUGGAAGACAGCGAUCAGGGCAAAUAUUACUGCGCUGUGAAGGAAUGGCUCCAGUCCACAAAUAGCACUUGGCACCAGCUUGGAGAAAAGCAGUCAGGUCUCACGGAAUUGAAACUCAGGCCCACAGGAAGCAAGGUACGUGUCUCCAAAGUGUACUGGACAGAAAAUGCCACUGAGCACAGAGAGGCGACCAUCCACUGCAGCCUGGAGAGUGCCGGCAGCCCAGCCUCCCUGUUCUCUGCGACGUGGUACCGGAACAGAGGAAAUCCUGCAAGUGAGAUGCUGGCUCACCUGCAGCAGGACGGCUCGCUGGAGUACGGUGAAGAGGGGCUCAGGAGGCGCCUGCUCUCAUACCGUUCAUCCCCUACAGACUUUGUCCUGAAGUUUCAGCGGGUGGAGAUGGAGGAUGCGGGCAUGUACUGGUGCAAGGUGGCAGAGUGGCAGCUACACGGCAACCCAAGCAAGUGGGUCGCCCAAGCGUCAGAUGAGUCACAGCAUGUGGUGCUCACGGUGCUGCCUUCAGGUGUGAGGUUUUAAGAAGAUGAGCUUUGGAAAGAAAACGUGACAAACUAAGUAGUCUUUGUAUUCUUCACAACUGAAGAAGCUUGAAAGCCUGUGCCACGGCGACCUGAGGGUUUCCACUGUGAGCACCGGCAGGUGUUCCCAAGGAAAUCCUUCUCUUAGAGCAUCUCGCUUCCUCUACCUGGCUGGUCCUUUCUGGUAGUUGGGUAAGCAGUGUGGGGCAAUGAAAAAUCCCAGGUUUGGAAGGAGACAAGCCUAGGCUCAAAUUGCAGCUCUGUCACCUACCUAGUCGCUGUGAAAUCAUAUCCUGGUUACCUAAACUCUGUGAGCCUCAGCUUUCUCAUUAAAUGAGAAUCAUAAUACGAAUGCAUAUAAAGUAUCUGGCACAGACCCUGGCAUAUUCUAAGUGCUCAACAAAUGUCAAUUCCUUUUCCCCUUAUGUCUCAAACAUGCCACACACACACACAUAUGCACCCACAUGCACAUAUACAGGUACAUAUACACAUACAUAUAUAUGACAAAAUAUUUAAAUUUGUUCAGUGAAUAACUAUAUGAGGUCCUGGGGCACACAAAAAUGUAUUACAGAGUCUGUUCCCACAGAGCUCAGAGGCCGGUGGGGGAGAUAAAGUCCAACAUGAUAGAUGUCAUUAAAGAAAUGGUCUCAGGAGACUUAAGGAAGGAGCAGAGAGAGGCAGGGCUGAGAUAAAGGGCUAGGUGGGGAGGAGAUCUGUGAGAGUUCCGAGAGUAUGGGGCCUAUGAAAAGGAAGACACGUGUUUUAGGAAAAGGAAAGGAUAUGCAAGAUGAUCAGAGAAACUGUGUUAGGAUGGCGAGAGAUGAGGCUAGUGGAACGGAAAGGUUGUGGAUCUCAGUGGGUCUUGUGUAGGAAGCUAGGGAAGGUGAACUUUAUCCCGGAAGUUAGAGUGUCAUUGCACAAGUUCAAGCAGUGGAGGGUGACCCAUCAGAUUUGCAUUUUGGAAAGCUCCCCCUGGGAGUGGUGUUAAAAAUGAAUUGAAGUUGGGGAGGGUGUAGCUCAGUGGUAGAGCUGCUGCUUAGCAUGUAUGAGGUCCUGGGUUCAAUCCCCAGUACCUCUGUUAAUUAAUUAAUUAAUUAAUUAAACCUAAUUACCACCCCCAAAUUUUUUUAAUGAAUUGAAAGGGAGGAAGGCACGAAGCAGGAAGAACUAUUUGAAAUUGAUCGUGGGGACCCAGGUGAGGCAUGAUGAAGUCCUGAAUGAAGGCAGUACCCAGGAGUGCUGAGGGGACAGGUGCUCGUAUGAGGAGACGCAGUCCUCAGGAUUUAGAGGAUGAGGUGUAUAUGGAAGGUGAAUGAGCAGAAGAAGAGACUCAAGGGUGAGUGGACAGUGGGGACACUCACUAAGUGAGGUGAUACAGAAGAAAGAUCUGAAGGGGAACAUUAGUUCAAUUUUGAAUAAGUUGGGCUGGACUUGAGUUUGGAGUACUGGUAAAUUAUCCAGGGAGAUCUAUCCAGUAGGCUUUGAAAUUUCCAAAUGAGAUCUCUGCCAGAGUUAUAGAAGUCAUCAUCUUACAGCCUAUAAAGAUGCCCAAGGAUGGACCCCUGAGAUACACCACUGUUUAUCUGGGGGCUGCAGAAGAGGGGCUAUGAAGGAGAAUGGAAAGCGUAGCCUAGAGGUAGGAGAACCAGGGUUCAGUGGUAUCACGGAAACCAAAGGCAGGACAGAUAUCAGGAGGGAAGGCAGAGCCAACAGACUCAACUGGUGCAAAGAGGCCAAUUAAGAUGAAGAUGGGAAAAUAUCCAUUGGUUUAACAAGAUAGGGCAAUUACAGAAAAGUUGUGAGAAAAGUCAGACUGCGGUGAGAAAGUGGACACAUCAAAUCCAGAUUAUGCUAUCAAGAGCUUUGAUGCCAAGGGAAAGAGAGAAGACAAUGUCAAAUGGCAGGAGGUGCAGUGAAGCUUUGCUUUGUUCUGUUUUGGUUUGGAGAUGGUAGGAACUCGAGCACAUUUACAUUCUGGAGGGAGACAAGCCAGUGGAGAAGAAGAAGAUGAAGAUUAGAAGAGAAUGGACAUGACUAGCAGUCUAACAUCUUGCAUGAACUUACACCCUGAUUGGAAUGCUCCUUCAUGUCAUCUGUCCCUGCUCAAUACUUACUAAUCCUUCACCGACCAGCGUAACUGCCACUUUCUCAGCAACUUACCUUAGUCUCUUAGUCAUCACACCUGUUUAUCACCCAUCAUCAGUGCCAAACUAUACGUUGUGAGAAGGCUAAGACUGUCUGGUUCUCAGCAACAGCAUAAUGUCUGGCACAAAGAAGGUGCUCAAAUACUUACUUAAUCACAGUAUAAUUGCACUCCUGAUAAGGACCAGCUCUGUGUAUUAAUAAGGUCCAUGUCAAAUAUAAUAGGCUACGAAUUCUCACUUCUCAAAUGGUUUCCCACCACCUCUACUUGGCAGUUCUGGGUUGGGUUAAUUUAGGACUGUAUAAGAGAACUGUGAAGCAUGUGGCUAACGUGAAGGCAGAGAAGUUGAGAGGUAAUUCCCUGGUGGAAUGCACCUCAUGUUUUCCUCUCCAUCUUACAUCCUUGGCUGUGACCAAGCCAAAGCAGGGGCUACAGCUACCUGAUUCUAGAGAACUCGCUGUGAUUAAUUAAUAGGCAAGGUUCUAAAGCUUCAGGGGGGCUGGAUUAUUCGUAGCAGUACAGGAUUUAUUACUAUUUCCCAGAUUUUCUUUGGGUAAGGCUGUAUUUAGAAGUGGAUCCUCAGAAGAGCUAUGGGCCCCUAUCACACUGGUGUUUCUGGAGAGAACUUGUCAUUUGUCUGUGCUACCCGGUGCCUCCAAUAAGGCCUGGCACACAGUGCUCAGCUCAAAAAAAGCUUGAUGAAUGAAUGAGCAAGUGAGUCUUCAAUGGAGGUGAAACGAGCGCUGUCAGAGGUUCACUUCCUCUGAGAGGCUCUUGUAUCAGGUUCCCUAACCCUGCUUUGACUUCUUGGCUGGAGCUGCCUCUCCCACGUGGCCACACCUGGCACGGCCAGUUGCCAAAGUCUGGAUUGCGUUAGGGGAGGAGUUGGUAGGGGCUCCGAUAUCUUCUACCUUUCUUCUAAAGUCAGUGUUAGAAGGGAAUUCUCUUAGUGAUAGGUUUAGCCGUGGGUAGAAGCAGGUUAUAAACUAAACUUCGUGAUGAAGUGUUCCCAUUACAUUUUUGGCUCUGUCUUACAGGCCUUGUACUCUGAGCCCUGGGCACUUACUCGGAUUGAUUCAAAAUGCCAAACCUUAAUGGUUUUGCAUGUCGCUAAUACUGAUCCAGAUCUGGGCGAGAGGCAGAGCAAACACUGCCCUCCCGGGAGAGGUCAUUUAGAAGCAGUGGAGCUGACAGUUCCUAGCUGGUGUCUAAUUCAGCACCGCAAAGAGCACCCUUUGUCGACCUUUGAUGGCAGAUUGCUCUCAGCGGAACAGACUCCUCCCCAUUUAGACAGUCAAGCCCUCUGGCAGUCCCUUCAUGCAGAAGGUGAGAGUGUCAGUGGCAGAAAAUUCAAGUGCCAGAUUUCUUUCUACCUCCUAUGUGCCAGUCCCAUCUCCCCAUCAUCCCACCAUCAUCCUAGCAACGGCGACACAUGGGUGCCAUGGACUCUUACCUCCCAAUUCUCUGCCUCCCAUGAUUAAAAAAGGAAGCCACAGUCUCCUAAAUAAUCAUUUGACUCUCAGCUGAAUGUCACUCAGCCCUGGGGACAGAGAGAUCAGAGAUUUAAGGGAAAGACUUGGCCUGUGGAAGAACAUGGCCAAGCCUGUGGUCCCUGCGUGAGGAAAUCGGCAGGCUCAGCUCUGUUUCUGCCUGGUCACUUGGGAAGAAGUUGCCUAUGAUUUCCCUAACUUUCUCAAUAGCACUCUAGCUAAUAUUUAUUCCUUGCUGACUCAACAGAUGGGCUAGGCGCUGUUUAAUGCUUUAUUCGGCAUUAUCUCAUCACGACUCUACAAAUGAUUAUCCUCAUUUGAUUGACAAGGAAACUGAUGAUUAGAGAGGAUGAGUAACUUGUCCCAAAUCAGUGAAGAGCCAGAACUUGGACCCAGUUCUCUUUGAGAUGUAGUAGGGGCCCAGUCACUACUCUGCACACAGCGGGAGGGUAUAGUUCAAGCGGUAGAGUGUGUGCUUAGCAUGCACGAGGUCCUGGGUUCAAUCCCCAGUACUUCCAUUUAAAAAACUAAUUAAAUAAGUGAAUCUAAUUACCUCCUUCCCCAAAAAAUACCAACAGCAACUACUCUGCACACAAGUGGUGUGAAGUAUCAAGGCCAGAACUCUCACCCACUGGUCUCUAUAGCUCCGCUCUCUUUCAGCCUUGCAGUCUAUUCCUCCUGCUUAGCCAUAUGCCUUCAAAUGUAUUCAGAUGAGACCUGGGAGAAUUAUUGUAGUCAAGCAGGGCCUUGGAGGGAAGGGCCAGGUAGGAUGUGGAGAGGGGCUGAUAAAGAGUUCAAACUCUUGCUUUAUCGUUUGCCCACACUUUCAAAGACAAAAACCAAAUUUAGGAUGGAGAAUAUAAACGAGACCAGAGAAGAUCCAAGCAGCAAAGCCCUGCAGCUCCUUCCCUGCUCAGAGCUGCCAGCCUAAUGUUCAGUGAUGGUCUACUCUGUGUAACAUGACGGCAGCAGCGCCUGGGUCCCUGGGUGUGGAAGCCACUCAUGCAGUUGACUCAUUCGUUAGUCCCCAUUGAUGCCAAAGUGCUACGCAGGAGAAAAGAUGCAUGAGAUGUAGGUUCUGUCCUCCAGGAGUUUUCUUUGCAGAAUUUGGACACGUUUAGAUUCUUUCUUGACUUCCAACAAAGAGAUGUUCUUCAAGGUGUGAAAUGCAUCACCGAUGCCAAAAGUGAAAUUCUUACAAUAUGAGGUUGGUCAAAAUGACCUUUAAACCUGUUGUCUUUAUCUCUAAGAGUCUGUAAUCCUAUGAAUCCUAUGGCUUAACCUCAGAGGAAGAAAUUGCUUAUGUCAUUAUGAUUUUCCAAUAACAGCCCAGCUAUUGUUAGCAUCAGAUUUUUCAGAACAGCCCUGAUUUCAAAUAUCCUGUUGUAAAUAAAUGUAGUCGGAAGACUUCAUUUAGCAGUUGGUGUCUCUUUAAGCGUGUGUCCUGCAUCAAAAACUGUAAAUACCCCUCCUUUGACUAGUAGCUUGAGGCUCUCUUUCCUGGAGCCUGUGGUGUGUGCAGUCUUCCCUGGCUGCCUGGCCAGGCCCUGACCGCUUCAGGGCUGUUUGUCCGUGCUCUGAGUGUCCGUAUGCCAACAGGGCUUCCCUGAGGACUGCAGCUGCCCGAUGGCUGGGUGGCCGUGUGCUUCAGCCGGCCUUUAUAUCGGAGCGUUUGCCCAUGUGGUUGCUGUCAAUCCAGUUUAAUUCAGAUCAGCAAACGUUACCAAGGAGGUGCGCGAGGCACUACAGGGGCUAGAAAAACAAGCGACGCUAUCAGACGUACUCCAAUGACCAUGAUGAUAAAGAUGAUUAAAGGGAACGCAAGAGGUCUAAACAAAGGCAGGUGUGAGAAGUUGAAAAAAAGAAGAGGAAAACUGUGCCUAAGGCCAGGUGGGAAGACAAGUGUGAUGGGGAGCUAGGCCAGCAGGACCCAGGAGAUUACGGUGCAGAGAGCAUGCCCGGUGGAGGCGACAGUAAGAGUAAUGGGAGGGGACCGUAUGCGGGGGUGCCUGAGGACUGCGAGGCUGAUUUGGAGAUUGAGGAAGGGGUGGUGCUUCUCACUUGUGGGUGCUGUGGUUUUAUAAGGACAGUGCAGAGUGAGUGAGUGUGUGUGUGUGUGUGAGUGUGUGUGUGUGUAAGAAGCAGUGGUGG